UUGGUCUGUCGCCUUUUGCCACAUCAAAUCGAGGGCCUCACCUUUUUGAUGCAAAGAGAGGCCAAAGCUGCUGGUGGUCUGCUAGCCGAUGAUAUGGGUCUCGGCAAGACGGUACAGACAAUGGCGCUGCUGCUCUCCAAUCGCAAGCAAGACGAAGCGUGCAUCCCUUCUACGCUCGUCGUUGCACCCCUCUCGCUCAUGGAACAAUGGGCCAACGAGAUUCGCAGCAAGACCAACAUGUCAGUCUAUGUUCAUCAUGGCCCAACACGCAAAGAGCCGCGGCAAUUCGCUAAUUACAAUGUCGUUCUCACCACCUACCAGCUCUUGGUGAGUGAACACGCCACGCCCAACCCGGAUCUCGAGAUUGACAAUGACCGUGGCAUCUUUGGUGUGACUUGGUAUCGCAUCGUGCUGGAUGAAGCGCAUACCAUCAAGAAUCGACAAGCCAAAAUGUCGCAAGCUGCAUACAAGCUACGUGCCAUCAAACGAUGGUGCUUGACGGGAACACCGAUCCAAAAUACGGCAGAGGAUCUCUUCUCAUUGCUCAAAUUUCUGCAGAUACCACCCCUCAAUGACUAUCCCACCUUCAAGGAAAAGGUCUCUGCGCCCGUCGCGAGAGGCAAGACCAAAUUGGCCAUGCAGCGACUCGGUGUUGUCCUGUCACAAAUCAUGCUUCGUCGAACGAAAGCGGUCUUGAAGGAUGGCUUUGCCCUGCCGCCACGGACCGUGCAGCACAUUCAAGUGGACUUUUCCCCUGCUGAGCGACACUUUUAUAAUGGUCUUGAGAAUCGUGCAGAGGCAGCCUUGAAGCGUAUGCAAAGUAGUGGGGAAGCGAUUGGCUAUAUGUCUGUUCUCGUUUUGCUACAACGCCUUCGACAAGCAUGUAACCAUGCGCAGCUCGUCACCAAGGAAUUGGAUGUUUCCGAGUAUCGCGUUGCUGCCAAGUCUGAACCCGACAAUGCCGUCGAUGCCCUUGCGAAUCUCUUCUCCGGGGUCGGCAUGUCAUCGCGUCAAUGUGCCAUUUGUCUUGCAACUUGUUCAGGUGAGCAUUGCGAUGCCUGUGCAGCAGCCAUACAAGGCCAUCUCUCCCUUUCCUGCAAACUUGCGAAGCUCAUGCAACUGCUGGCCAUGCAUAAGGGUAAGGCCAUCUUGUUUUCUCAGUGGACAAGCAUGCUUGACUUGUGUGCGCCAUUUCUUGAAGCAAAUGGUAUUGGUUAUGUCAAGUACUACGGCAGUAUGCCCAACAAGAAGCGUGAAGCAUCGCUUGCUACACUCAAAGCAGACCCAACGUGUCGUGUCUUGUUGUGCUCCCUCAAAGCAGGCGCGCUCGGUCUCAAUCUGACUGUUGCAAAUCUCGUGUUUAUGCUGGAUGUAUGGUGGAAUCCGGCCAUUGAAGAACAAGCAAUUGAUCGGGUGCAUCGUAUUGGACAACAACAGGAAGUCAAGGUCUUUAAACUCACAGUCCGAGAUACGGUAGAGGAUCGCAUCAUUGCCUUACAGGAUAAGAAACGGGAAAUGGCAAAGAGUGCCCUGGGAGAAGGUGGCAAGAUGUCAAGGCUGGGCAUGGAUGAGUUGCUUGCCUUGUUU